CUUGUUUGUAAAUACAAGCACUGUAUCGGGGUGACGGAAAAUGGCACCUUUGCUUUCGGCAUAAUCUGCCCUAGAAUAUUGCGAAAAUGGUUAUUUAGCUAUUGCCCAUAAACAUGAAAUAAGUUUGCGGACAAUAAGGAGGAUCUGCCUUCUCUAGGCGCUGAUAAAGAAACAAAAUGUCGAUAACCGACCAAGAGUCGAACUCCCGGCUUUCCCUGCUGGUCAAAGGUUUGGGAACGAUGGCCGUCGAUUUAGAUUUGCUGAAAGGUGCGAUCGAUGAGGUAGAUGCAAGACUUGAAGCUAAUUCAAUGAGACUUCAAGAGAGCUGGUCAGACCUUGUAAAUGUGUGCAACUCCUCUGUUGCACCCAUCAAAAGUGACAUAACACCUUCCUUAACCACCAAGGAGGCCAUAGAUCUAUUGAAUGGGAAUACUGUCCAAUCACUUGCAUGUCCUUCAGAACCCAUGGUGCUAAAUUGUUUCCUGAACAAUGUGGUACAAGCGAUAGAAAGAAACCCUGGUUUAGAGCAAGCCAUUCUUCAAGAUUUGAUCAGCUUUUGCACUCAACAAGGUAUAAUGCUGCCUUAUUCCCUGCCAUUUACCAAACCAGACCCCAGUAAGCCAGGGCAAUCUAUAGCCACACCAGAAAAGCUCAACUCAACCAGCCAAUUGUGGGACUCCAUCAGAUCAAAACUUAUAACCGGAUUAUGGAAAGCUUUUAAUGAGCCCCGACUACUCUCUAAUAACCAACCAUCCAAAGAAUCUCACCUUCAUAGACUUGAACUCUUGCAGAGUCUGGCCUUCCUAUAUCCUGUUGACUCUGUAUGGGAUGACUACAUGCAUUAUCGGUGGGAUCUGGUGGAGAAGUAUGCCUCUAAUCCAGAACUCCUAACAGAAAUGGAUAUAAGUAUAGUGGCACAGUACAAAGAUGCCCCAGUUAAUGCUAUUGCCUUGGCUAAAUUUGGAAGAACCCUUGAAAUAAUGAUAUUUGAAGAUAUGAAAGUUCUUGAAGUGAUGUUCCUUGAGAAGGUGUUAGAAUUCAAGUGGAUCUUUGAGGUCUACUUGGAGAGGUUUACUUUUGAGCUGAGGUCAGUGUUACAGGCUUAUAGAGAGGAAAAGCGGACCAUAGCAGAAAGACAUGGGUCCAGCUGUAGUACCUCCAGUAUGAGUAUCCAUGGCGAGGAUUUGCUGGUUUAUAAAGUUUGCUUCCUUGUUUCUCUGAGCUUAGAAAUGACAGUAUCAAAAAUGCUGGAUUAUCAUGAAACAACCAGAAAAUCUGCAAAGCCACAGAUUGCAUUCAAGAAUACUCCCAGUGGCAAACACCAAUUGCCCAAGCUCUCACACAAGCCAGCAAAGGCGCCACUCCAGGGCUGGGCAGAUAUGCCACCUCAGUUUGGAGCAGGAAUGGCAGAUCUCCCACCUUCCUUACUGACCCCUCUUACCCAGUCACCAUGGGCAUGGCGCGAGGAGUUUAAGCACGUCAUUUCCCGGAUCUCAACUGCUGUCAGUGAAUACAUCAAUGUAGGGUGCAACUUGUCUCUAGAUGAGCAAGCGCGCAUAUAUAAUUCUACCAAGAGAGUAGAACUAACAAGGCUAAGAGAUGAACUGGUAGGAGGCCUGAAAGAUUACCCAAAAUGCAUUGCUAAGAGUUGUUCAGUCCUUAUGACCCGAGGUGACGAGGUUUUGCCUCUGGCUAGUAGCACUGGUGGCAGAUUAUUCCAGGUCGUUCGCUCAUCAUUUGUGGACACAUUUGAUUCCUGCCUCAAGACAUUCUUCUCCCACAUCAUGAAGAUUGUCAACGAUUUCCCUAAGUCAUGUGGAAUUGAGGUCUUGUAUACAAUGCUAAGUAGCUCGAUAUUUGUGAAAAAUCAUCUUGCUCACUACGAGGAAAUCAUUGGAACAGAACCAAGACGUCCAUUCGCUGUACUCCAUCGUCAAUACAGUGAGCUAGUCGAUACCCUGACCAAUCAGAUUACAAACUACCAUAACCACAUCAUUACCAUGGUGAUACUGCAGGACCCAGAGAGCCACAAUUGGUCGGACCAGAAACCAUUUUUUGAGGACGAACGAUGCUCAUUUUCUGUACAAAUGUGGAACUAUCACUUCCAAGCGCUUCACCACGAUCUCUGGAAGAUCUGCCCUCCUCUUAGAGCUCAAUCAAUCUUCACGGACCUCCUGUACCAGUCCCUCUCGUCCUUGGCUCUUCGUUAUAGUCACGUAAUACCAUCCAGCAGUCGAACCAAGCAGAUGCGAUGUGACGUCACUGCACUCUUGCUCUCUUGCUUGUCAUUCAUGUGGAGUUGUUGUCCAUCUGUGGCGGCACUACUGGAUAAGCAAUACUCGGAAAAGCCCAUUCCUGACAUACAUAACCUCUGCCACUGCCUUCUUGCAUCUAUGGCAAUUGUUACUUGUCCGUUAGACAUCUUAUGCAAGUACGUCACGGGUAAGAGGAAGAAGAGGGACUUAUCCUCACAUGGCCAUAAUGCUUGGGCCGCCUGGAUCUACCCAGAAGUACUACGCAGUCACGAGGGAAGUCUGGGAGCCCUUCCUGAUCGUCAGGCCUUAUAUGUGCUGUUCAAAAUCAUGAUCAAUCAGCCCUCGCCUAACUGGCCACUCAUCGUGCAGGCGCUGGUGUUUCGUAACGCCCGCCUUCCGGUCACCAUCGUCAAGUAUGGAGAUCUGCCCAGUUUUGGAAAGCCUAUCGCCCCAGAUUCCCUCUCUCACAGGGAUCACGACCGUUGGUUUACCGAACACCCAGGCCCCUCUCAAACAAGCUUUACAAGCGAUGGACUGGUAUGGUCUCUAUAUCACGUGCUACUCCAAUCCUCGUACCAGGCCUCCCCACUCGUUACGUUCCUCAUGGCUCUCGUCACUAGGGAAGAUAGCAUGAAGCUGUUUGAAACCUCAAGUCUCAAGUCACUUAGCAAGAUAGAGAGCCCUGUCUGGUUGAAACUUUUGUUUGACACCUUAAAGCCAUACCUUACAAGGUUUCUCGGUCCCUCUGUGAGGCGACUGUGUCAGCAGGAAAAGAGAGGAAGUCCGUCUUUUAGCUUUACCCACAUGAGCUCGUUGCCAUGUGGAUGUCCCUCCAAACGAGCUGCGAGAAGCGCUGAACCACGUGGCAAAACCGAGAUCAUCUUCAGUGCUCUGCGAGACCUGAUUGUCAGUCUUACAGACAGUCUGAAUACCAUCCCUGCAGUUGUGUUCCAGUUCUUCUACAAACUCCAAGACUCCUUAGAUUCCAAGAGUAUGGACUCUGGAAAGAAAUCUGCAGGGAUAAAGGUGUUUAGUGCGUUGAUAUAUCGCUGGCUUCUAGAUGCUGAUAUCGUGGGCUCAUAUUGUGAGUUGCAGUCCACGCCUUCUGCACUCAGUACAGUAGAGACCUUUGCUGAGCUCACGUGGUUUGUUCUAACCAAUCAGAUGAACAGUGCAGAUUUGAGUGAGGAUCCGAUGAUCCCCACUGACCUGGAGGGUAUGGUGAGGACCAACCAAGGUUGGCUGACUCGACACGUGCAACAGAUCACCGACGUCAUCAACAGCAAGGAAUUCGAGGAUUUCCCGACAGAAUCCAUUCAUGAAGAAAUAACAAACCUUCACUUCCGGAACACUGCGUCAGGUUUACUUCAAUCAAGCAAAGGUGAGGCGGCUUUGGCGCAUAUUUACAGAUUCCUUGUGGAAAAUAAGAACUGGCUGAUGAAUCUCGUCAUUGUCCCUGGUCAUAUUCUACCGCCAGAACCCACUCGUACCCAGACCACAGCGCAAGACCGCGACUCUUUUAAUCCGCUGAAGAGGCACGCACUUAUAGGGGAAUGGGCUUUCGAUCAAGAGAAGAUCGCCUCGUUCCCAAUCGACUGGGGAACGCUACUCUCCAGUCUCUCUCUGCCAUCUAACAGCGUAAGGACCCUGGUGUUUAAUCGUAGCGAGAUGCACGAAGAGAGUAAAUACCUCGACGAAGACCAGAAAGACUUGGUCCACAAACUAAAGAGUUUCUAUGGGGUAGCAGAGCCCGCUGAAGCUGCGACUGAAGGUACAAUUGACACCGAAGAUACACGUGGCGACGAAGAAGUGACGUCAUGAUCUGUUUGUCACGACUUCUCCAUGGCAGAAGCUGACAAGAUAUUGAUAAGGGUACUUUAGGUACUAAAGACACUGCUUGCGACGAAGAAAUGACGUUGAUAAAGAUAUAGAUAAAGGUACUGCCACAGGCUUACCAUCCUCCCGUUGUUAUCAUCAAUGAAAUUUCAUAAGUUGUCUAUUUCGAUUUUUUUUACGAUUUAUUGACAUCAAAGAUAACUUUAUGAGAUUUCAUUCGACCUUUAUUUUGUAAUUAUUUACGGGAAAUAAUUCUGAUGAUAACAACGGAAGGAUGGUAAGCCUGUGGUACUGCUGGUACUAAAGACGUUGGUGGCGACGAAGAAGUGACGUCAGGAUAUGUCUGUAUGACGUCACGAGUUCUCGAUAGCAGAUACUGACAAGAUUUUGAAGGUACUGGAGACUCUGGUGGCGAUGUAGUGGUAUGCUGAUGAGCCGUCCCGACCAUCGGGGGAAUGAUGUAUGGUGGCGAUGUAGUGGUAUGCUGAUGAGCCGUCCCGACCAUCGGAGGAAUGAUGUAUGGUGGCGAUGUAGUGAUAUGCUGAUGAGCAGUUCCGACCAUCGGAGGAAUAAUGUAUGGUGGCGAUGUAGUGAUAUGCUGAUGAGCCGUCCCGACCAUCGGAGGAAUGAUCUAUGGUGGCGAUGUAGUGAUAUGCUGAUGAGCAGUCCCGACCAUCGUAGGAAUGAUGUAUGGUGGCGAUGUAGUGAUAUGCUGAUGAGCCGUCCCGACCAUCGGAGGAAUGAUCUAUGGUGGCGAUGUAGUGAUAUGCUGAUGAGCAGUCCCGACCAUCGGAGGAAUAAUGUAUGGUGGCGAUGUAGUGAUAUGCUGAUGAGCCGUCCCGACAAUCGGAGGAAUAAUGUAUGGUGGCGAUGUAGUGAUAUGCUGAUGAGCUGUCACGAUUAUCAAAGGAAUGUAUGGUGGCUAUGUAGUGAAAUGCUGAUGAGCCGUCCCGACCAUCGGAGGAAUGAUGUAAUGAUUAAAUACUUUGACGUCACGACCACAGGAAACAUAUGCUGCUGAAACUACGGAUGUAGACAAUCGUGGUAACAAAGAUGAUGUCAUGAUGUGUCACAUCAGAAAUGCAUGCUUCUACAAUGCAUAUAUAGUGUGUGACGUCACAUCCCUGCUGCUUAUUUUUAGAUGCUUGUAAUAUAUUCAGCUACUGAAUGUUACCGGUUACCAGUCCUCCUCGUGCCUGGCGGCACAUAGGGCCUUUGUCAGCUACUAAAUACUCCUAUCAAAUGAAACUAUAUAAAUCUAUAAUUAAUUAUGUUUAAAAUAGUAGAGUGCGUCAUGUUAUGUAUACGUAGCCAUUUGUAAAAGUAAAGUAUUAUAUAUUUUAGAAAAGGGGGAAAAUUAUUGUACAUAAGGGUUACAUAAAAAGUAAGCAUAGGUCCUGCCA